GCAAUAGUCUUGGCAGCUGAAGCUGCGCUGGACGGCAUGUCCAAAUCCAAUGCCUCAUCCUAUUUUGCCAAGAUUUCUUCUCUCGUGGCAGAUUUAACCGAAGCGUUUUCGAACUGGCUACUUAGUUCCUCUUCUCCGAACAAGAUCGACGAGGUCAAGAAAUCGUUCAAUUCAACCUCCAUCUCAUGUGAUACUAUCCUCAUAGCUCUGAAUUCCAUUAUCGGCGUCGACACUAAGGUCCCAGAUUCCUCCACUCAAAAUCGUCUACGCAGGGUUGAUUUCAGGAUGUUCGAAAAAUCCAGACCGAAACAAUGGUUUGAACAACUCGAGGUUGUUUUCAAAUCCAUGUGUGUUUCAACCGAAGACCACAGAUUUGCUGCCUUGCUCAAACUGGUAGAUGAGGCUACUGGCUCUCUCCUGAGCGAAAUCACCAAGGACAAGCCAUCGAACGCCUAUACGAAAGCAAGGGCUCUUCUGAUUUCACACUUUUCACUCUCCAAAUUUGAUAGGCUCAAGGCUUACCUGAUAGACGCAUCUCCGGCUGCUGAGGAAAACCUUUCCCAAUUCGCUUCACGGAUAGAGGUUCUCCUGGAAGAUGUCUCCCUCGAUGAUGUACGUAAGUUCACGGUCUUGAAACAUGCUCCACCCGCUGUCCGCCUUCAUCUAGCUGCAACCAUCGACGACAAAAACGUGGGCGAACUCAUAAGAGAAGCAGUUACUCUUACCCAACGGGCACAACAAGAUUCCUUGGUCGUGGGAGCGUUCCAUGAACGUGCUGGUGCCCUGGAUGCCUUCCAUAAAGGUGCGGGUCGUGGUUCCACCUUCAAAAAGCCUGGUAAGGUCUGCUCCUUCCAUUUUCGAUUUGGAAACAAUGCCAAGACGUGCUCCGGAAAAGAUAAAUGCAUCUUGUGGUCGAAAGACCUACUUCCCCCAGCAAACCGCGGCGAUCCAAAGGGAAACGCCAACGGCACGCCGUCGCGAGGGUAG